AUGGCAGCAAACUGGCACAUUCUGGUAGCUGAGGCGAAGAUCACCAGCGCCCAGAUCGACGAGGCCCGGGAGCUGUACCGCCCAGCAGCCGCCAGAGCCUCUCUACUCUACUUCAUCCUCAACGACCUCCACAAGAUCAAUCCCAUUUAUCAGUUCUCGCUCAAGUGGACAAAUAUGAUGACCCGUGACGAAAUUGUUAACAGUGACAUACUGAUACCCGUGACGUUAAAAAAAUGUUUAACCAGAGACAUAAAUGAAAACCCGAGACCUAAAGUUAACAGUGACAAAAUGAUACCCGUGACGAACCUGGACAGAGACAUCGAGAACAGCGUGAAGAGGUGGCGUAUGUACUGCGAAUGUGAGGCUCCAGAGAGAGAGAAGUUACCGGGGGAGUGGAAGAGUCGCUCAGAUGUGCAGAGACUAGUCAUCAUGAGAGCACUCAGGCCCGACCGCAUGACCCACGCUAUGCAGCUGUUCAUCGAGGAGAGGAUGGGAAGGAAAUACGUGGAGGGGGAGAACAUCGACUUCUCCCAGAGCUAUGAAGAAUCCGGACCUUCUACACCCAUCUUCUUCAUCCUUUCCCCAGGGGUCGAUCCCCUUAAGGAAGUGGAAAGUCUUGGAGAACGACUUGGCUACACUUGUGAGAAUCGCCGCCUCCAUAACGUCUCUCUGGGACAAGGUCAGGAAAAGGUGGCUGAGGAAGCCCUCAAGGUCGCUGCCAAGGAAGGUCACUGGGUUAUUUUGCAAAACAUUCACCUGGUGCGUCAGUGGCUGCCUAGGCUAGAGAAGAAGCUGGAGGCGAAUUUAGAGUCUGCACACCAGGACUACCGGGUUUUCAUGAGCGCUGAACCUGCUAACAGACCCGAGAACCACAUUCUGCCUCAGGGGCUGUUGGAAUCAGCCAUCAAGAUCACCAAUGAACCGCCGAGAGGAAUGCAAGCAAACCUCCACAAAGCUCUCAACAACUUUACUCAGGAGACACUCGAGAUGUGCUCCAAGGAGGCUGAAUUCAAGUCCAUCCUCUUUUCCCUCUGCUAUUUCCAUGCCUGCGUCGCUGAGAGAAGGAAGUUUGGACCUCAGGGUUGGAACAGACCUUAUCCCUUUAACACAGGUGACUUGACCAUCAGUGUUAAUGUAUUGUACAAUUACCUGGAGGCCAACAGCAAGGUGCCAUGGGAGGACCUCCGCUACCUCUUCGGGGAGAUCAUGUACGGAGGACACAUCACUGAUGACUGGGAUCGGGUUCUCUGUCGCACUUACCUCGAGGAAUUCCUUCACCCGGACCAGCUUGACGGAGAGCUGAACUUAGCACCGGGGUUUCCCACUCCUCCCAACCUGGACUACUCAGGAUAUCACAGCUAUAUAGACACCUGCCUGCCUGCCGAGUCCCCACACCUGUAUGGUCUCCAUCCUAACGCUGAGAUUGGCUUCUUGACCAUGACUUCGGAGCACCUCUUCAAGACGGUGUUCGAACUGCAGCCCCGCGACAUGGGAAACUCUGGCGGGGUAGUCAUCACCAGGGAGGACAAGGUGAAGCAAACUCUGGACGAGAUCCUGGAGAAGCUACCGGAGGAGUUCAACAUGACGGACAUCACGGGCAAAGUGGAGGAGCGGACUCCAUAUGUCGUAGUGGCCUUCCAGGAGUGCGAGAGGAUGAACCUUCUUACCCGCAUCAUAAGGUCCACUCUCAAGGAACUCGACCUGGGCUUUAAGGGGGAAUUGAAAAUGACAUCAGUAAUGGAAGAACUCUGCGAGUCGCUGUUCUUGGACCAGGUACCAGAGACUUGGAUAGCCCGCGCGUACGCAUCCACCUAUGGUCUCACCACUUGGUACGCUGACCUCCUCCUCAGGAUGAAGGAACUUGAGACGUGGGUUGGAGACUUCCAGGUGCCUCCAUCAGUGUGGCUGGCUGGCUUCUUCAACCCUCAGAGCUUCUUGACGGCCAUCAUGCAGAGCACCGCCCGCAAGUGUGAGAUGCCAUUAGACCAAAUGUGUCUGCAAUGUGAUGUCACUAAAAAAAAUAAGGAAGACUUCACGUCAGCGCCGAGGGAGGGAGCCUACGUUCAUGGGCUCUUCCUAGAGGGAGCCUCAUGGGAUGUAGAAAACUCCAUCCUAAUAGAUUCCCGCUUGAAGGAACUUCACCCUCAGAUCCCCGUCAUCUUCAUCAAGGCCAUCACGCAAGACAAGGCUGAGAACAGGAACCUGUAUAGGUGUCCGCUCUACAAGACACGUCAGCGAGGACCCACCUACGUCUGGACCUUCAACUUGAAGACCAAGGAGAAGCCUGCUAAAUGGAUACUAGCUGGGGUGGCGCUUCUACUACAAGCCUGAGAUUACAUUACAUGCUCCUUCUUUCUUAUGUUCUUAUGUUAUCUUCUACCCCUCCCUCUCUCCCUGUCUCUCCCUCCCUCUCUCUGUCUCUCUCUCUCAUACAUUCUAUAGUAGCAAAUAUAAAUUAUUAUUGAUCUGGCAGCCAUUGCUAUAUAAGUCUUGAUUUGUAAUACUUAAUAUGUCAAUUGGGAAACAUGAAAUAUUUUUGACAUACAUGUGGCCGGUUCUUGGAUUUACUUUACUCUCGCAUCCCGGACUUCAUCCGGCGACCAUCUGUUCAGUCAGGCUCUUGCUAUUUCCUUUCCGUAAACCCAUAAUAAUAUCGCUCCAACUGAGGGUGUGGAUGUUAUUAUGUUAUCAGGAUGUGGAUGUCAGAUAAAUAUGGACGUUAUGAGGGUGUUGAUGUUUUAAGAGUAUGGUUAUAAUAAGAAUGUGGAUGUUAAAAGGGUGUAUUAAUGUUAAGAGUGUGAAUGUUAUGAAGGUGACUAUUCCAAGAGUGUAUUGAUGUUAUGAGUGUGAAAGAUAUGAGGGUGUGAGUGUUUCAAGGGUGUGAGUGUAUCAAGGGUGCGAGUGUUUCAAGGGUGUGAGUGUAUCAAGGGUGUGAGUGUUUCAAGGAUGCGACAGUUUCAAGGAUGCGACAGUUUCAAGGAUGUGACAGUUUCAAGGAUGUGACAGUUUCAAGGAUGUGGCAGUUUCAAGGAUGUGACAGUUUCAAGGAUGUGACAGUUUCAAGGAUGUGACAGUUUCAAGGAUGUGACAGUUUCAAGGAUGUGACAGUUUCAAGGAUGUGACAGUUUCAAGGAUGUGACAGUUUCAAGGAUGUGACAGUUUCAAGGAUGUGACAGUUUCAAGGAUGUGACAGUUUCAAGGAUGUGGCAGUUUCAAGGAUGUGACAGUUUCAAGGAUGUGACAGUUUCAAGGAUGUGACAGUUUCAAGGAUGUGACCUCAGUAAUAGUAUAGUUGCUAAUAUUUAUUUUAUGUUUUAUAUAUUGUCAGUUUAAAAAUCCAUUACAUAUUUAGCCAUAUUUUUGAGCAUAAUUCUAAAUUAAAACUGAGAUUAUCAAAAUGUAUUUGCUUUUGCCCAUGAAAUUAUAAAAUAUUUUAUUGACUUGUAGACGAGGCAUAAGUGAUUGACAGAAAUGGUACUGUAAUGAAAAUAACCCUCGAAGCUAUAAACUAGGUGAAGUAGAGCUUGAUCAUACAGAAUGUGUUAAAAAGACUUGGGAGUCAUGGUAAGCAGAAAUCUAAAGCCAAGACAGCAGUGCUUAAAUAUCAUUUGCUAAGUUCACAGAACUUGAAGACUGCAAAAUUCAUUAAGUUUUCGGACAGUAUAAAACUGGAUGAACUAAACUUGCAGAUGUUUUCAUGGAUAGAUAAGGAUGAUUUUGAAAUGCAGUUGAUUGAAUUUCAAGGUAGCUCAAUUUGGAGACAGAAAUUUGUUGACCUUUGAGUUAACUUUGAAAAUAUUGAAAAGGAGCGAUUAGAGUCUGGAGUAACAGAGAGAAAUGCGGAAAACCAGGUAUUAAGGACUUGCAAUAUUAUUCCACAAAAUUUUGUGUGUCUGAAGAACCUCGCAACUACAUUACUGUCAGUUUUUUCAUCUACUUAUUCUUGUGAAUCAUUGUUUUCAGUGAUAAACUUUGUUAAGUCUGGUAAUAAGAGUGACCUUAUGGAUGAAAUAUAUAUCUCGAGUCUUAGUGAUGAUAAAUGAAUAAAAGUUCCACAGUUUUUCUCUCAAGUUUUGAUUUGAUAUUUUCUGCUAAAAUGGUAAAUAUUUACUUCUGUUUAACAUAAUAUGUUGCAAAUAUUGCAAACCAAGCAAUACAAGAUGCAAAACUCCCCCCCCCCCCGUGGUUGUUUUCCAUAAUAUGUAGUUUUGUUGGUAAAAUAAUUAUGUUGU